AUGGCGAUGGGCUUGAAGCAAGCUCCCCCUAAACCCUCUUGCACGUGGGAACAACAGCUCACCUUUACCCUGCAGUCGAUAUUCCUUGACAAGUCCCUCCCCCGGCAGAUUCGGUUCCUUGCUGUGAUCCAGCUCAAGAACGGCAUCGACAAAUACUGGCGAAUUGCUCACACAAGUAAAGGUGGCCUCAGUCUCGACGAGAAGAAUCUCAUUCGCCAGAAGCUCUUUCCAGGCACCCUCGACGAGGAGGAUGAGGCACUUGCCCGCCAGAACUCUCUUGCUGCGGCAAGAAUCGUCAGGGUCGACUAUCCCCGACAAUGGCCCGAAGCGCUCCCAAGCCUCAUUGCUCUGUUGCGAUCUUCUCGAACGGGCCAGCCGCAACAUCUCCAUGGCACCCUGCAGAUCCUCCUCCAAGUGGUCAAGGAGAUGAGCACUGCACGUCUUCGUAGCGCCCAAACCGCCCUCCACUCUAUUACACCCGAAAUUGCCUAUGUGCUGGGAGAGAUUUAUGCAGAAAGGAUACCGGUUUGGGUCGACUUCCUGACCGGUGUAAAGGGUCAAGAUGGCGCCUCCGAAGCAGACAUUGCUAUUCGCAUCACCCUACUUACCCUGAAAGUCAUCCGUCGACUUCUCAUCUCUGGCUUUGAGGCUCCGCAUAAGGACAAGACCGUGCAGCAGUUUUGGACUCUAUCCCAAAACCACUUUGGUCAGUUCCUCGGCUUUGUCAGUCAGGAGUCUGCUGUCCCGGAGUCGUAUCAAGAGCUCGUCGGGAAGCAUCUCCUGCAGUUCACCAAGUUGCACAUGGAAAUGGCCACAUCGCAGCCGACAUCAUUCGCAGGCCUACCAAGUUCUCUUCCGCUCAUCCACGCAUACUGGGAUCUGGUUGCCAAGUUCGCCGAGGUGUUCGACAAGUCAGAAGGCAUCCGGCAGUCAAGCGGAGACGCAAAGUCCAAGGCCGAAGGACCGCUGCUCGAAAAGCUAACAACGCGUGCGUUGUUGCUGAUCAAGGCCUGUCUGGACCUGGCUUUCCUUCCAAAACACACUUUCGUCUAUCGGGGUCCAGAAGCUAAGAAAGAAGAGCACGAAGCGGUCGAGUUUAUCAAGAAUGAGCUGUUCAAAGACGACUUCUGCCUGCAGAUCGCAAACACGGUUCUCACGCAUCUUUUCGUCUUCCGCCAGUCAGAUCUCGAGGCUUGGGACGAAGAUCCGGAAGAGUGGGAGCACCAGGAGAGAUUCGACAGCUCAGCGUACGAGUGGGAAGUGCGUCCUGCCGCGGAGAGGGUGUUUCUGGGCCUCUUGAACCAAAGAAAGACCCUACUCGUACCUCAUCUGCUGUCGUAUAUCCAAACGGCUACUGGCGGACAGGCUGAUUUUGCCACCAAGGACGCGGUGUACACGGCCAUGGGCCUGGCUUCCCAACAUAUCUUCCAAGAGGUUGACUUCAACAGCUUCUUGACAUCUACCCUGGUCCCCGAUGCCCAACAAACUGGUCCUUUGGCGAAGGUGCUCAGGCGGCGGAUAUCCAUGCUCCUGGGACAGUGGGUGUUCCACAACGUGUCAAAUGAAAGCCGCGCCAUCGUCUAUGGCAUCUUCCGUCACUUCAUGGACCCCAACGCCGAGGGCAACGACAUUGUCGUGCUGAUUUCGGCUGCCCGAAACCUACAGAUGAUUGUGGAUGAGCUCGACUUUAGCGUCGACAACUUUGUGCCGCAUGCCCCUCAUAUCCUGGAACAACUCACCCAGCUCAUCCGAAACGUCAGCGUUGAUGAGACGCGACUCGCCCUCUUGGAGACGAUGAGACUGGUAGUGACGAGGUUGGAAGCCCAUGUCACACCAUUUGCUGAUUCCAUCGUGGGCGCGAUCGUAGAGGUAUUCCAAGUUGUUGGCAACCAGGAAUUCAUGGCGAAGACUGCCAUCGUUGCCGUAUUCAGCGCUCUCGUCACAUCGAUGGGCACCGAAUCGCAGCGAUUCCACCCCUUGAUGGUGCCACUUAUCACAGAAGUCGCGCACCCGACGUCUGAGCUCCAUACCUCUCUCAUUGACGAUGUGCUUGACCUCUGGAACUCUAUCCUGUCGCAGAGCAGUCCACCCGUCUCCACGGAGAUUGUCAGCAUCGCCCCCUUGCUGCUCCCGAUCCUGGAGUACAGCCCCGAGACGGCCGGCAUGGCACUAGAAGCGGUCGAGGCGUACAUCAUUCUUGCGCCUGGGGCCGUGCUGGAGGACACACUGCGCCGUCCCUUCUUGACCGCGCUCUCGGGGGCGCUCGAGGUCAAGAGCAGGGAACAGGUCAACGCCGCGACGCGAUGCAUCGAGUACCUCAUCAGGGCGGCCGAGGAGUACGGCGGCGCGAACGGCGUGUCGGUGGUCAUCCGAGACAUGCUCGAGACGGGCUUCUUGAAGAAGAUCCUCGAGAGGCUCCACGACGCGUGGGAGGCUCACCAGACGACCGGCCCCAAUAAGAAGUCCCCCAAGCUCAACACAGUGACCGAGGGCGACUACUUUGCCAUUCUCGCGCGCCUCGCGUAUGCCGACCCGACGCUCUUCGUCAACAUGCUGGCGUCCUUUGGCGACGUGCAGCAGCAGGUGUGGCCCUGGCUGACGACCGAGUGGUUCUCCUACAUGGAGAGCUGGGACCGCAUCGAGCACAAGAAGCUGACGCUACUGGGCCUCACGCGGCUGACGGAGCUGCCGAACCCCGUCCAGGACCUGACGCUCGGCAAGCUGCAGGACUACAUGAGCUUAUGGGCCGACACCAUUGCGGAACUGCAGGACGGGGCUGUCGACGGAUCUGACAACCUCGUCUGGGCCGAGCAGGAGGGCGACGAGUGGGACACGCCCAAGAGCAUCCGCGCCCGGGAGCUCUACCAGAGCGACCCGCUGCACCGUGUCGUGGCGAAGCAGUUUGUCAUGGAGAGGGUCCGGGAUCUCGUGCAGCGGGCGGGAGGCGAGCAGAAGUUUCAGGACGAGUGGAUGGUCAACGUGGAUAAGGAGGUGGUGCAGAAGUUUGCGCAGUUUGUGAGCUCAUGA